GCCGUCGACCGCCAUGUUGAGUUCCUCGUUUUUCUUUUUUUUUUUCGCUCUGUGACGCUAGAAGCUGCUGCUUUUUCCGCGCUGGGAACGUGCAGGACAAGAGAAGGAUCGCGCCGCUCAUUCGUCUGCCUGGGGCGGAACGCUUAAAAGGGUAAUUUAAGAUGUCUAACGGUUAUGAAGAUCACAUGGAUGAUGUCUGCAGGGAUGACAUGGGCAGAACUAACUUAAUUGUCAACUACUUGCCUCAAAAUAUGACGCAGGAUGAGCUGCGCAGCCUUUUCAGCAGCAUUGGAGAGGUGGAAUCUGCCAAGCUAAUACGUGACAAGGUUGCAGCUCCCUUGGAAAAUGAAAGUGAUGUACAGAGACAAGCUAGUGUUGCAGGGCACAGCUUAGGAUAUGGCUUUGUGAAUUACUUAAAUGCUAAAGAUGCUGAAAGAGCAAUAAACACACUUAAUGGAUUGAGACUGCAAUCAAAAACUAUAAAGGUAUCGUUUGCCCGUCCAAGUUCAGAAAAUAUCAAGGAUGCAAACUUGUACAUCAGUGGACUACCAAGGACAAUGACACAGAAAGACGUUGAAGAUAUGUUUUCAGGUUUUGGCCGCAUCAUCAAUUCUCGUGUUCUUGUUGAUCAGGCUACUGGAUUAUCCCGUGGAGUUGCUUUUAUACGGUUCGACAAACGAUCAGAAGCGGAGGAGGCAAUUGCCAGCUUCAAUGGCCAUAAACCGCCAGGCUCAUCUGAACCUAUAACAGUAAAGUUUGCUGCUAAUCCAAACCAGAAUAAAAACAUGGCGCUUCUAUCUCAGCUGUGCCAUUCUCCAGCGCGGCGGUUUGGUGGCCCUGUUCACCAUCAGGCUCAAAGAUUCAGGUUUUCACCUAUGGGGGUAGAUCACAUGAGUAGUAUAUCUGGUGUGAAUGUUGCCAGCAGUGCUUCGUCUGGAUGGUGCAUCUUCAUCUACAAUCUUGGCCAAGACGCAGAUGAAGGAAUACUUUGGCAGAUGUUUGGUCCAUUUGGCGCUGUCACUAAUGUGAAGGUUAUCCGUGAUUUCAACACCAACAAGUGCAAAGGGUUUGGCUUUGUGACCAUGACAAACUAUGAAGAAGCAGCCAUGGCCAUUGCAAGUUUGAAUGGCUAUCGUUUAGGGGACAAGACAUUACAAGUUUCGUUCAAAACCAGCAAGUCCCACAAAUAACUUGCUCUUGUCUUUUGUAUGGAAUAGAGGAAAUAAGAUUUGACAAAGUUGGGGGGAAGACUUUUUUCUUUUCUUUGUUAGUGUAAAACUCAUUUGCGCCAAUUUUCACAAGUGUGUUUUUGUCUUAGUCUAAAUGAAAUGUGGAUAAAAGAUUUUUUAUACUCUAGGGAUGCAACUUACAUGUUCAAAUGUUUGAGAUCCCAACAUGUUAGGCCAAUUUUAAGUUCCUUAAGUUAUUUACUUUAAAUAUACAAAUAAAAUAUGACUAAAUAACAUUAAGUAUACCCUAUGGAUGAAGAUAACGUUAAGCAUGCACUAACCUUAAAGACUUUAAGAAGGUUUGCUCUGUGGGUUUCUAUUUUCCAGACUCUGGAAAUUGCGUUUUUUUUAAUCAAGCUGUCAGGAUGCCAGCUUAAGUACUUGUAUGUGUGUAUAAAUAUAUAUACAUUUUUUUUUUUUUUUUUUUUUUUCGGUUUUUCACCAUCCCUCUUCUCACUGAUUUAUACAGCCUGAUCAUUUGUUUUCUAAAAGCU